CGGACAACGGGGCCGUUGACGGACAUGUCCUCAUAGGACCUUGAGAUAUGCCCGAUGCAUAGAACAUGUAGGCACAUGCACCAUUGUUACUUAUAUCCAGCUUCAAGAUGACUUUUUGUUCGGUAUCUCUGCAAAUUCGCCGAGGGCUUGUCACUGCAUCUUGAACAUUGCCGCCCGCUUUUCCGCUUCCAGCAGACCCUCCUUAUCCGCCGAAAUCCAUCACCAAUGCUCAACCUCCAAGGAAAAGUCGCCCUGGUCAUCGGCCUCGGCCAAACAGGCUCAGACGGCUGGGGUAUCGGUGCCGCCUGCGCCGUGACCUUCGCCGCGCAAGGCGCCGCCAUCUUCGGCGGCAACCGCACCAUCGAAUCCACCACCAAGACCAAAACCACCAUCGAGGAAGCCGGUGGUGUAUGCGACGUCGUCGCGACCAACGCCACGUCCUCCGCGUCCGUCAAGGCGCUUGUGGACGCGUGCGUUGCAAAGCACGGCCGGAUCGAUAUCCUGCUUGCUAAUGUCGGUGGCUCGCAGCCGGGUUGUGCGGCGAGCAUGGACGAGGAGACGUGGGAUGCGCAGGUGGAGUUGAAUCUCAAGAGCGUGUACCUCGCUUGCCACUACGUCUUGCCCAUCAUGGAGGCGCAGGCGACGGGCGGGAGUAUUGUUUGUGUGUCGAGUAUUGCGGGGAUGCGGUAUAUUGGCAAGCCGCAGGUUGCGUAUAACACGACCAAGGCGGCUGUGAUGCAGUUUGUCAAGGCGACGGCCGUGGUGUAUGCCAAGAAGGGGAUAAGGUUGAAUACGGUUGUGCCUGGAUUGAUGGAGACGCCGUAUACGAGGCAAUUGGCGGAGAGGUUUCCAGCCAAGGAUGGGAGCACCGGCGGCGGGUAUGAGGCGUUUAAGAGGAUGCGAGAGGAGCAAGUGCCGAUGGGACGGAUGGGAGAUGCGUGGGACGUUGCGAAUGCGGCGGCGUUUUUGGCGAGUGAUGAGGCGAGAUUCUACAACCUGAGGGAAGAGUUCCUAGACUGA